CGACUCACUCAUUCUCGAUAUCGCCGCUCCUCUACCAUCAUCACCGCCGAUGAGGACAGCAACGACGACCGACGCCGACUGAGCUGCGGCUUCUUCUUCCGUGGCUGCAGCUGCCUGCGCCCGCUUCCCUUUCAACCGACACACCAUGGCUGCAAUGGAUCCCGAAUCGCUGAAGCUGGGCCGCUCUCUUGUCCCAGCUCAGAUACCCGAGAAGCUACGAUGUGUUACCUGUGAUAAGCUAGCAAUGGGCGCCAUGCGCCUAUGUUGCUGCGACAAUACCAUCUGUCAUGAUUGCCACACUUCGAUGACUGCCACCGAGUGCCCGAUCUGCGACCAUUCUCCAUUCUCGGCCGAUUCCUGCAUUACCGCGAAGUCUUUACAGUUGACUGUCAAGGCGUUCCUCAAGACUGAACUGAAGAAAGCCAAGGAGCUGGAAAGCCAGGCUGCGAGCCAAGUGCAAGAGCCGGAGAAAACCGAGAACACUGCUGUGGUUCCGACGCCUACAACCGAAGAGUCCACAGCUGCAGGAGCUGGUGGUGAGAAGAGCGUGGUCCCGGAACUUGCUGUGCAGAAAUCUGUUGCUCAUGAUGGCGAAAGGGCAACACCGAGUCUCGAGGCUACCGCGGCUGAGCAGGCAGUCACGAUCAAUGGCAAAGGCAUUGCAAAUGGUGGUGGAAACGAUGAAGGCGCCGACGAGGUUAACGGUGAUGGCACUCAGCGUGUUGGUGACGAACAAGACGAGGACGAUGAUGAGGACGAGUACGAGGAUGAUGGUGUCACAAUAAAUGUUGAUAUGCCUUCGCCCGAGGAAAUGCAGAAGCGUCAAAGCGAACAAGCUGCUCAAGCCGGGAUUUCAAACCAGCAAGGUUUCAAUGCUUCCGAUGCCAAUACGCAGAUGGACCAACAACAGCAAGGCAUGGACUUCAAUAAUAACCAGUUUGGUAACUUCGGACCCAGCAUGAUGGGCAUGGGCGGCAUGACCGGUAUGCCCGGCAUGAACGCGAUGAACGGGAUGAACGGAAUGAAUGGAUUCAACCCGAUGAUGAAUAUGGGCGCCUGGGGCAUGGGUAUGCCGAACAUGAACAUGAUGGGCAUGGCAGGCAUGGGCAUGGAUCCGUCAAUGAUGUUCGGAGGAAACUUCGGCGGCGAUAUGGGAGGAAUGGGAGGGCCAAUUGGGAUGAACGGCAUGGGCGGCAACGGCAUGAAUGGCAUGGGCGGAUUUUCUCAUGAUCAAGGAGGAUACUCUCAAUCAAGUUACGGCCCUGCUCACCGACAGAAUUUCUCUAAUGAUCGCGGCUACGGUCGCCCAUACGGACGCUUCAACAGAGGUGGUCGAGGUAACCAGUUCCGCGGUCGUGGUGGUUGGGGCAACCAGCCGCAGCAUCAAUACAACAACGGCGGCUUCAACAAUCAGUUCGGGGGAUACAAUAACCAACAACCACAAAAUAUUCCCACUGGACCGGGACAGAAUCCGGGAGGUUUCCAGCGCGAGCGCACGGGCUCCAAUGCGGUCGAUCCAGCCGCGGCCGCCGGUCGUGCGUCGCCCACAUACGAUCCUGUGAACCGUCCGUCGGCGGCGAAUGGCGAAGAUGCAGAGACGAGUGCCAACGAGAAGUCCGCGGCCGCAGAUACUAACAGCCAUGAGAAUACUAAUUCCGCAGGUGAAAAUGCCGAGCAGGGUCAGGAGUCUGGCGACGGAGAGCUAACCUCAGCAAAAGUCCUUGACGAUGACAAAAAUGGCAAUGGCGACCCACCCAGACCAAAUGAUGGCCUGGCCCAAAUCCAAUCGGUGGUCCACACCGAGCCCGGAGACGCUCUCCAGCAGUACGAUGAAGGUUCGCAAGGUUUCGGCCACAACCAGACGAACUUCAACAACCGCGGGCAUGCAGGCACUCGUGGCGGUCGUGGUGGACACGGCGGCUUCUCCCGCGGCGACGCCACGGAGUUGACACCUGCGCCUGCACCAGCACCGCCCAUCAAUGCUCCCAAGGGUCCCAAAGCUUUCUUGCAGGGCCUCCCUAACACUGGCUGGUCCGGAAUAUCUCUCGCCCAGCAGCAGAAGCCGACGAACUCUACGCCUACUCCUCGUCCUGAGUCGCACGCCCGCAGCGUCCGCAACGAGGACAGCCACCGUGAUAGCAAUGGUCUUGCACAUGAGCGUGACAGACCGUCAUCGCGGACCGGAUCUCGAAGACGCAGCCGAUCACCCGGCAGCGAUCACGAAUCUUCUCGACGCAGCCGCAAAGAUGGCGAACGUCGCCAACACCGAGCCGAGGGCAACGAUGCCGACGGGAAGAAAUACCGCUCUCGCUCCGAAUCUCGCACUGACGAUGGUCACCGUCGCCAUCGAGACGACGACGACAAGCACCGCUCAUCCCGCUCUCACCGCGAUCGAAGCAAAGAUCGCCGUCGACGCCGCGAGAAGGAGGAAGACCACGAGUCCUCCCGUCGGAAGAGCAGCAAAUCCCAUCACGAGCGCGAAGCCGACUACGAUGACCACAAAGACAGUCGACGAAGCAGUCGUAAGCACUCCCGCCGAGACGAUGACGAUGAUCGCGAGAGUGAUCGAAAAGACAAAGAUCGUUCCUCCAACCAUCGCUCAUCCCGCCACGAACGCUCAUCCCGCGAUGACGGCCGACACAGCACUCGCGAAGAGCGGCCCACGCGCACCAUUAUCGAACCACCAUCCGACGAAAUCGGCUUCAAAAUCAAAGGCUCAGGUAAUUCCAGCCGCGCCAAAGCCAGCGAAGCCAGCAAGAUUUCCAAACCAACCGAGUCCGCCGCUCUAGACCCUUACGCCCAAGAACGCGCUCUCGCCCAGCAAGGCCGCGAGGCUCGCGAAGCGCAGCGGAGACAGUCGACUCAUACUUCAACGUCGGCGCUGGGCAAGCGUGGACGAGACGCCGCGGCAGAUGAGGUGGAGGUUCCGAGGGGACCGAAGAGCGAUCGCCGGAGUGCUGGGAAGAUUCGAAGGGUGAAUUAUGUCUUCGAGGACGAGGUGCAGGUGGGGAGGGACGAGGGCCGCAGGAGGGGUUGA